AUGCUUCGGGGGUUGGAUGAUGAUCCGUGGGGGCGCCCCUACCGAUUGACUCGUAAGAGACUGAAAGGUACGGGGAUGCCUCUCGUGGAGAGUCUGGAACCGACCUUCCUGAAGCGGGUGGUGGCGGAUCUGUUUCCUUUGCCUCCCGACAUUGUGCCUCCAAAUAUGGCGGCGUCUGUGGUGGAGGUGGCGGGCGGGGAGGGCGGGAUGGCGCCGGAAGUCUCUGAUAUAGAGAUGGAGGCUAUCCUGACCCGUCUCAAAGCCCGCAAGAAAGCACCUGGUCCUGAUGGUGUGCAUGCGCGUGUCUUGGCAGUAGUCCUCCCUCAUAUGGAGGUCUCCGUCCGGGAGCUGUACACCGCGUGUUUGCGCGGUGGACGGUUCCCGGUGGCUUGGAAGACGGGACGACUGUGUCUCGUGCGGAAGGAGGGCCGCCCGGCGGACAGUUCGGCGGCUUACCGCCCUAUUGUCCUUUUGGAUGAGGCGGGCAAGGCGCUGGAGUGGGUCGUGGCGUCUCGGUUGUGCCGGCACCUCUCUGUUGAGGGGCCGGAUCUGAGCGAGGCACAGUACGGCUUUCGGGCGGGUCGGUCGACGCUCGAUGCUCUUCGGGACCUGAGGUCUCACACCGGUGGGGUGGUUAGCGGGGAGGAAGCGCAUUGGCAGUAUCAUUAG